GAGGGCUAUUGUACCUAUUGUAUCAACUUCAGAUAUAAUAACAUUAGCAGAAAUUCGGAACAUCUAGAUAAAUAUAGAUAUGAAAUAUUAUAAGACUGUCCAUAUUUACAGAACGUUUAUCUUUAUUAUCUUUCUGGUACAAGGUAAGGUCUCUGGAGAACCACAUUGCUCCAAGUUUCACUAUGAAGAACAAACUUUAGGGAAAAUUAUUCGUUUGGAAUUACAAAUGGAAAGACUUCAGUCGGAAAUGGAGAACACACAGAAGCGUACUUUGGAUAUGUUAAACGAACUGAAAAAUUUCAAAGAAAAACUCUCAACUGAGUUCAACAGCAUAAAAGAACAAAACAGACUGGACUUAGAAAACCGAUCAGAAGAUUUUAGAAUCUUAAAAGAUUCAGUUUCUAUCCCAGUUAUUGCAUUCCAAUCACGGAAUCCAUCUACAACCAAUCCAAAGACUGGUGAUAAGAUCGUUUUCACAGACACACUGCACGAUUCAGCGCAUUCGUACAACAACAAAACUGGGAUAUUCACGGCUCCUGUCGCUGGAACCUAUCUGUUCAAUGUUCACCUUUGCUUAGCCACCGGUAACAAAUAUAUUCAUUAUGCGAUAUAUAUUGAGUCUACGGCCGUAACUAACACACUUCUAUAUGACGCUUCAGAGCGAUUUUGCAACAGUGUUACUGCUAUUGUUUACAUACGGAAAGAUGACAAAGUGUACAUAAAAGCGACCUCUGCUAAUGGUAAUGCAUUGCGAGAAACAGAUUAUGAGUGGAACAUGUUUAGUGGAGUUUUGUUGAAUAACAAAUAGCGCUGGCUAUUACAUUGACUGAACGACAUUAAUUGAUGCGGACUUACAUUUGUAGUCUCUAUUGUUUCACAAAUUGCCGGGAAAAUAACUGAAAAGUUGAUUUGUAAAACUUUGUUUCCCGCAUCGUUAAUGUAUCUUUACGUAUGAUGCACAAUCAUUAUUAUUGAUCAUUUUGUUAAUUGGUUCUAUUCUUCAAAACAUAUAAGAGGAAGAUAUAGUUUUAAUAAAUUACUGAAACGCAAGUUGUUUAAUAUAAGAAAAGGAAUAAUUUUGACGCAGGAUUGUGACUCACUCGCAUACUAUGCUUAACAUUUUCAUUACUGAAACCGGCCGAAUCAACAGAAACAAAAACUAAAACAUUGCCAAUCAGGACAAAUGUAUAUAAAAGCUUGUAAAUAAAUAUAAAUGUACAAGGUGAUUAAUACGGCAUUUAGACACUUUAGACCUAAUCGUACUGCAAAUGUCAUUACAUGAUCCGAAAUACAAGUGUCUUUUCCGUCACGGAAAAAUUAUGAUAGUGAUUUAUGACCCGUUCAUGCGUCCUUAGAUUUGAAUCGUAAGAAAAGUCUAAAAGUAG